GUGGGUCUGGGGAAUAUGAUCCCGCCUGGCACCUUCCUCAGGCUCAUUCUCUGCUCUGCAGGCACCGUGGACAAACACUCAGUGGAAGUCACCAAUUGCUUCUCUGUCCCACACAAUGAGUCUGAAGAUGAGGUGGCUGUGGAUAUGGAGUUUGCCAAGAAUAUGUACGAGCUGCACAAGAAGGUUUCCCCUACUGAAAUCAUUUUGGGGUGGUACGCUACUGGCCAUGACAUUACAGAGCACUCUGUCCUGAUCCAUGAGUAUUAUAGCCGGGAAGCACACAAUCCAAUCCAUCUCACUGUGGACACCAGUCUCCAGAAUGGACGCAUGAGCAUUAAAGCCUAUCUCAGUGCUCCAAUGGGGGUCCCUGGUAAGACCAUGGGGGUGAUGUUCACACCUCUGACAGUGAAGUAUGUUUACUAUGACACUGAGCGGAUAGGAGUUGAUCUCAUCAUGAAAACCUGUUUGAGCCCCAGUCGAGUGAUUGGCUUGUCCAGUGACUUGCAGCAAGUGGGGGCGGCGUCAGCCCGGAUCCAGGAUACCCUGAGCACAGUGCUGCAGUAUGCAGAGGAUGUGCUGUCAGGUAAAGUGGCUGCUGACAACACUGUUGGACGCUUCCUGAUGGAUCUUAUUAAUCAGGUGCCGAAGAUUUCACCGGAAGAUUUUGAGACAAUGCUGAACAGCAAUAUCAACGAUCUGCUGAUGGUGACCUACUUGGCAAACCUCACGCAGUCACAGAUUGCUCUCAAUGAAAAACUUCUGAGCUUAUAAGGAGCUCCCUGCCUUGUCACACCUGAGAGCCUGAAGACACAGCAGAGCUACUCUCCCAGCAUUCUGUUUUGCUAUUGAAUUCAGUUGGACCAUAAUGUAUCUGCCUAAAUGACUCAGUAUCCCCCAGUAUUCCUCUGAUUCACAUUCUGCCCUGUGGUUCAGACAUUGAAUCAAAUUGGGUGUGAGCCCAUUGCUAAAAAUAGAGUCGAUGGCUCCUCUUCAGUGCUUAUGAACUACUGUCCCAGACUGACCAUGUAUUUAACAAACCAACUCCAUUGUAUUGUGAGGAUUGCUGAGUCUAAAUAAAAUUUCUUUUCCACUUGUAA